CUGGGCGGCGGGAAACAGAGGAAGAACAGGAAAGUCAGAAAUCACUCGUGUCCCAGCCAACUCACGUCCUCCUGCACUCCCUCCCUACCGGUGAUCUCAUAUUGGACCUCUCGCAACCUCCUAGUAAAGCCAUAGGCUGUGAGGGAGGCGAGGAUGCAGCCCGCGCAAGCCCUGGUGGUGCUGGGGUGCUUGGUGAAGUCCUUCCUUCUUCACCCCGCCAUGGCCACUGGUGCGGGUCGCCCAAGCCGGGAGGAGGCGGUGGCGGGACGGCGUAACCUGUGCAGCGUGUGGCGGGCACGAGCUGUAGUGCGCUGCGUGAAGGAUCUGGCAAGAGAGUGGAGGGAGCGACGGACACACCUCAUCACUUGGGCUGAAGCAGAGACUCCCCCUUCUGUGGUACGCUUGGGCCUACUAGCGGCGCCGGGAUGGUGGCUGAGCGCCCUGCGGCAGGCGGCGUGUGCCCGCGCCCACUGGCAGCUGCACGGCUCUCAGGUGCAUGCCAUUCCCGCCACGCCGCAGCAUGACCGUCCGCCCCAGGGCGUGUACGUGGAGGGCGCUUGGCUGGUGGGAGGGCGCUGGGUGGAUGGAAAAGUUGUGUCUCUGGAUGCCACGAAGGAGCUGGUGAAGGAGGAUGGGGAGGAGGAGCAGUGUCUCAGCCUCGUCCUUAGCGUGUCACACUCCACCCCGCCCUGCCCCGCAGGUCACGUGUGGGUGCCUGUGGUGGAGGGUGGUGGUUCUCAUAUGUCCCUGUUCCACGCUCUUCUGCCCUGCCACGCCCUGCCGCUCACCGCUCUCUACAUCACUCUCUGAGUCUCACACACACACACACACACACACACACACACACACACACACACACACACACACACACACACACACACACACACACACACACACACACACACACACACACACUUCUUUAGGCAAUUUACCUAAAAUAUUGCCAAUUGGUGUUGGUGUAAACAAUAAUCAUAGUUAUGUACAUAAAUGUGACUGUCGGGAAGCUUCGGCGUGACAGUCUCUGCCAUUUUUCUUUUCGUUUGUAAACAUGUCUUUCUCAAAUGUAUUUAUGCUAAUGGGCAAUAAACCUUUACUUACUUACUUUACUUACUUACACACACAC